AUCAACCGACUGAUGGUCCGGUCAGUUAGGGAUGCAAGGUUUACGUGAUGAUACCUUUGGGUUUCAUCGUGUUAUUGACAGUGUUGGACUCCUGUGUUCCGUUCUAUCAUCACCAGUUCGCGGUACAUGUGCCUGGUGGGACGUUGAAGGCGGACGAACUUGCUCACAGGCAUGGCUUCGUCAACCAUGGACAGAUUGGAACUCUAAAAGAUUUCUUCCUACUGUCUCACCCACACAUUAGCAAGAGAUCGCCCAAUGCAAGUAUUGACCACGAAAACAGACUGAAAAACGACCCACAGGUGCGAUGGGUGAUGCAACAGCGGGAGCUUCGGAGGACCAAACGGGACCAUCGCUGGAGCCCCCGACACGCCAUGAGGCAAUCCAGUCCGCCAUCCUUCCCAGACCCGCUGUUCAAGGAGCAGUGGUAUUUGAAUGGCGGCGCGGCCGACGGUUUGGACAUGAACGUGGGUUUAGCCUGGAGAAAGGGGUUCACAGGGAAAGGGGUCGUCAUUACCAUCCUUGAUGACGGCAUACAGCCCAACCACCCUGACCUGUCACAGAAUUAUGACCCAGCCGCUUCGACGGACAUAAAUGGAAACGAUACGGACCCCACUCCGCAGGACAAUGGGGACAAUAAACACGGCACCCGGUGCGCCGGAGAGGUCGCCGCGGUCGCCUACAAUAGGUAUUGUGGCGUCGGCAUCGCAUACAACGCCAGCAUUGGAGGCGUCCGGAUGCUAGACGGCCUCGUUAACGACGCAGUGGAAGCUGAAGCACUCGGAUUCAACACCCAUCACAUUGACAUCUAUAGCGCCUCCUGGGGACCCGAGGACGACGGCAAAACCGUCGAUGGGCCCGGCCCCUUGGCUAGAAGGGCAUUCAUAAACGGAGUCACUAAUGGCAGGGGAGGAAAAGGUUCUAUUUUUAUAUGGGCGUCAGGCAACGGCGGAAGGCACACAGACUCCUGCAAUUGCGACGGUUACGCUAAUAGCAUAUUCACUAUAUCUAUUUCGAGCGCUACGCAAGGCGGAUACAAACCUUGGUAUUUAGAGGAGUGCUCGUCCACUUUAGCUUCGACGUACAGUUCGGGGACUCCAGGCCGAGACAAAAGCGUCGCCACUGUUGACAUGGAUGUUCUAUUACGGCCUGAUCACAUAUGCACAGUGGACCAUACUGGCACUUCGGCGUCUGCCCCUUUAGCCGCAGGGAUAUGUGCGUUAGCUUUGGAAGCGAACCCUUUGUUAACUUGGAGAGACAUUCAACAUCUUGUGGUCAUGACGUCACGAUCCCAGCCUUUAGAAAAGGAGGAGGGAUGGAUCGUUAAUGGCGUCAAAAGAAAAGUCAGUCACAAGUUCGGCUACGGACUAAUGGAUGCAGCUCAAAUGGUCACAUUAGCGGAACAAUGGACGACUGUGCCACCCCAACAUAUUUGUAAGUCUCAGGAAAUAAAUGAAGACAAAUCCAUAGAGACGUCUUUUGGCUAUACAAUUUCUGUACAUAUGGACGUGAACGGUUGCAGCGGAACAAUGAACGAGGUCAGAUAUUUGGAACAUGUUCAAUGUAAAAUUUCACUGAGCUUUUUCCCAAGAGGUAAUUUACGAAUAUUGCUUACUUCGCCGAUGGGGACUACGUCCACCCUUUUAUUCGAGAGAACGCAUGACGCAACUAGUUCCAACUUCGACGACUGGCCAUUUUUAAGCGUGCAUUUUUGGGGUGAAAACGCCGAGGGCCGAUGGACACUUCAGAUAAUAAACGCCGGGAAUAAUCACGUAACACAACCGGGAGUGUUAAAAAAGUGGCAGUUAAUAUUUUACGGUACGGCCACGAAUCCCUUACGUUUACGCAAUAAAGGCCAUUUCAAUAGCAAUUCCUACCAAGAGGAAAAAACGUACCAUAUAAACGAUGUUUAUGAUGCUUCUGAGUAUUCGCAAUUCCUGAACGAGAUCGAGCUUGGAAUUUCCGAUCGACGGAGUUAUCCGAAAAACAUUCCCUCGGCGCAGCGAAAAAAUGUAUUGGCCGACGCGAACGAUAAGCAAGUACAGAGAUUGUGCGACCCGGAAUGCGAUUCUCAGGGCUGCUACGGGAAGGGUCCCACUCAAUGUGUCGCUUGUAAGCAUUAUCGAUUGGACAAUUCUUGCGUCUCGAGAUGUCCGCCUCGUAGUUUUGUUAACCAAGGAGGCGUGUGUUGGCCCUGCCAUGAAUCGUGCGAAACAUGUGCCGGGGCAGGACAAGACUCAUGUUUGACAUGCGCUCCGGCGCAUUUACUAGUCAUUGACUUAGCUGUAUGCCUUCAACAAUGCCCCGACGGAUAUUACGAAGAUCCCGAUGCUAAUGCCUGCUAUCCAUGUGAGGAACACUGCGAUACGUGCUCCGAAAAAGCAGAUAUGUGUUCUUCAUGCGCUCAUAAUUAUGUACUGUAUAAUGGAUCCUGUUUAGCCGCAUGCCCGCCCGGCACAUUCCAAAAAGAUGAUUUCGGUUGCAUGCCUUGCGACGAAACAUGCGAAUCCUGUCACGGACCGAGCAAAACAGACUGUGUUUCAUGUAAAAUAGGGGCUUAUGCUUUUAAAAACCGCUGUAUUCCUAAAUGCCCCGUGGGAUACUACGCAGAUGCACAAAGACGAGAAUGCUUACCGUGUCCAAUCGGUUGUUCAAUUUGCACGUGUGCCGUGUGUUCCGUUUGUCAAGAGAAAUGGAUUCUAACUAAAGGAGGAAAUUGUCUUCCGGAUGGCAAUGACAAAUGUGACACCAGCGAGUAUCACGAGGGAGGUCGUUGUAAGAAUUGUCAUUCGACUUGCGAGAAAUGUAGCGGUCCAAAUGAGUGGGACUGUUUGUCUUGUUCAAGCCCUUUGUUAUUGCAAGGAUCGAGAUGUGUCGCCGAGUGUGGACAAGGGUUUUACCAAACGGCGGGUAGAUGUUCGCCGUGUUUGCAGACAUGUUCUAGUUGCGUGUCGAGAUUGAAUUGCACAUCUUGUGCUGGUGCCUUACGUCUGCAAUCCGGGACAUGUCGAGCCACGUGCGCGCCCGGCUACUACCCUGAUGAAGGGACAUGUUCGAAGUGCUAUUUGUCAUGUGAGACGUGUACUGGUCCGAGGAGGGACCAGUGCGCGUCCUGUCCUCCCGAUUGGAGAUUGGCCGCUGGGGAAUGUAGACCGGAGUGUCCUCAAAACUUCUUCCCUUGGGGUGACAGUUGCCGCCGCUGCCACCAUUACUGCCAAGACUGCCACGGUGCUGGACCGCAGCGGUGUACGUCGUGUCCACCACACUUCUCGUUGGAAGGUGGCCUGUGUGUGGAGUGCCUUAGUUCCCAGUAUUAUGAGCCCAGGACGAGGACGUGUCGACCGUGCCAUGACUCCUGCAGGUCCUGUUCGGGACCUGGACCGACUAGUUGUGUCACAUGUGCACAUCCUCUUCGGUUAGAUAGGGUGAAUCACAAAUGCUUGCCGUGCUGUACUGAAAGCAUGGUGUCAUUGUAUUCCAGUGACAACCAAACUGACUGUUGUCAUUGCGACAAAGACAUUGGCGGGUGUCUCAAUGGUUCUUCAGCCGGCAAGCGUAGGAUAGCUGAAAACAUACGAACACACAUAACUGCCUCUUUCUUUGUAGACGAUUCCAACACCGCUUCAAGCUCCCUUGAUCGGAAUUUGUUGGCUGUGUGGAGCGCAGGAUCUACGUUGUUAGCUGUAAUAGCAAUUAUUAUUAUUAUAAAGUUAAAGACGAGACGUAACAAACAUCACUCGUUGUUCCCAAGAACAGAGUACUCCCAGCUCACUACCAUCGAUGAGGAUCUGGUAGCCUUAACAUCAUCAACCACUUUGAAGGCCAGUGAACAAACUAACAUACAAACUAUAAGUGCCGUUGAGGAACCGACAUAGCGAAAUAUACGUCACUAUCCACAGACAUAGAUCUAGUUAGAUUCAGCGAGUGUAUACUUUGUUUGUGUGUGACAUGACGUAGAAAAUAGAUGUCCAAACGACACUGUUUUAUUCGAGAUCUGAAGUACUUACAUUGUCAAUCGAAUUAUAAAAUAAUAUUUCUUUUUUAUCUACAAAAUGAAACAAAACAGUUGGACUUUAUCUUCCAUUGUUUUGAGGAUCGCAAUGUUUUUUAAAAUACAAUUUUACAUGAUUAUAUUUGCGACGCAAUGAUUCUCGAGUCGACAUUAUUAUAAGAAAUAUUUUCGAGUUUAUUGAACAUCAAAAUCGGGUCAGUAUUUGUCAAGAUAUAAUUGAAAACGUAGAAGAUAUGACCUGACUUUAGAAAUUUCUUACAAGUCGUGGUUUGCGUUCAAAAUAAUUACAAGGUCUACGUUAAUGGCGAACGGGAACGACUAUUCAUUUUGUGUUCGCAAUAAGUUGAGAAAAUAAGAACCCACUCGUUUUAAAUAAGAAUGAAUUGGCGGUAUCUAGCAAGAUCCA